AUGGCCCAAUCCACCACCAGCUCAUCAUUCGACAAGGAUCUAGCCCAGGCAAUCUGUGAUCUUGAAGUCCCCAAACGAUUAAAAAUAUCACCCGACGGCCAAAAGGUGCUCUACUCAACCUCUCUCCUCGCCUCUCAGCGCAAAGCAAAGAAUGGCGUCUCGACACUAUGGCUCGCUUCUAGCACAGAAGCGAACUCCUCGCGGAAAUUGACAUCAGGUCUUUUCAACGACACAAAUCCAACAUGGCAUCCUAGCGGUGAUCAAUUGGCCUUUUUGUCCGACCGUGCGAAGCCGGGUGAGAGUUCUGCUAUUUGGCUUAUGCGUUUGGACGGUGGAGAUGCGGUUUCCAUCACGUCGACAGAUAACGCUGAGGAUAUUGAGACGUUUGAGUUUUCACCCAGUGGAGAGACUAUCGCAUAUGUGUCGCCCGAUGAGAAGAGUCAGGACCGCAAGGAUAAAGAGGAGAAGGAGGAGCCUGAUCCUGAAGUUUGGGGUGAGCGAUGGGAACAUGCGAGGCUGCGACUUGUUGAUGUGAAAAGUCACGAAAGCAAGGUGCUUGUCGGAGGUGAUCAACACGUCGGCGAAAUCGCAUGGAGCCCAGACGGGAAAUCUCUGGCCUUUUUCACCACCGAGAAUCCUGACAUCGAAGAGCCCUUCCUGACCGGCAUGACUAUAUCCACCGUCAAUGUUGAGAACGGUGAGAUCGUGAAGUUGUGCACAGUCAUCAACGAGCCGUAUGACCUUACCUGGGCACCAGAUGGCCAGAUCUACUUCAUCACGGGCACCCCCAGCGACAAAGACGCCGGAGGAAGAUCAGUCUAUAAAGUUGACCCGAAAGCCGCAGAGACUGAUUUCGUCAAGGUUGCUUGCGGCGUGGACGAUGAUGCUGCAGACCUUACCGUUGUAGGCAGCAAACUUCUGGUAAACCGAGCCGUUAGGCUUGUCAAUAUCAUCAGUGAGUUGGGUGGUGAGGAUAUCUUCAAAGAGGACGAAGAACUCUGGGUAUGGGAUAUCUCCAUAAAUCCAGAGACCGGCAAGACAAUCCUCGUGGCUGGUUUAUCCGAUGCCAACACACCUUACGACGUGUUCGUUGUGGAAGCAGGCAAGGAUAGGAUCAAACUCUCUAACCACGGCAAACCGGUUGAGGAUCAUUCUUUCGGUACAUGCACCGUUCUUACUUGUCAAUCUGCAGAUGGAGAGGUCGAGCUGGACGGUCUCUACCUAACUCCCACCUCCAAGGCAGUUGACGGCAAACCUGCUGAACCACUUCCGACAUUCGUUAUAAUUCAUGGUGGACCCACGAGUCGUGACUGCGACAGUUUCGACGCAACUAGCUUCAACUGGGCGCCUUACAUCCUCUCUCAGGGUUACGGCGUGCUUCUCCCUCAGUAUCGAGGCUCAAGCGGCCGUGGCGAGAAGUUUGCCUCGUACAGCAUGGGCGGACAAGGAAAAUACGACUACGCCGAUGUCAUAUCCAUCACCGACAAUGCCAUCAAGGAAGGUUUUGCGGAUUCCAAGAAGCUCAUCGUUGGUGGCUGGAGUCAAGGUGGUUUGAUAACCUACAUCUGCAGCGUACGGAACGGUCUCCACGGUCUCGGAUGGCGCUUCAAUGCUUGCAUCGCAGGAGCAGGUGUAUGUGACAUAGAAAGUCUUGUCAUGACGUCUGAUCUUGGCUCGACUUACGAGUGCGAACUAGCCGGUGGAGAGACGACCUGGACUCUUCCAAAGGAGGAUACAACGCGCCGACAAGGAAGUGCACUGUGGGAGGUCUUCAGCGCGGUAGAGCAUACUCGUCGAACAGGCGAGGCGGUGAUUCCACCGAUGCUGAUUCUGCAUGGUGAGGACGAUGUGAGGUGUCCCUUUUCGCAGGCUGAGGGCUUUCGCCGUGCUUUGAGGACACAUGGAUUGCCGUGCGAGUUUGUGAAGUACCCAGGCGAGGGACAUAGUAUUGAGCAGCAGAGAUUUUGGCUGGAUAUGCUUGAGAGGGUGGGGAGGUGGUGUGAGAUGUAUAUCGAUGGAGAGACCAAGUUGGCUAUCAGAUGA